GGAUUGUAAAUUUUCUACGUGAAAGCAAAACACAGCAGCAAGUUUCAAUGUCAUAUGAGGAAGUAGUUGCAGAGUGUAGUGCAUCGAUUAUUUUUGUGUUUCUACAUGUAAGAGGCCAGUAUAAUGAAGUGACCAAUGUGAAAGGCCAGUCAUUGAAUAAUUAGUCAUCGUCGAGUGUAUAUAGGUCAGGACUGUAUAGGUACAUAGACCAGCAUCAGUGAUGAUGGCAAGCACGUCCCGUGGGUCCGGAGAGUCUAGCCGAGGUGGCAAGGGCAAGGGAAAAACCGUGGAAAAGGUUAACAACAAGGCUAUGUCCACCAGUGCUAAACGGAUUCAGAAGGAGCUCGCAGAAAUCACACUUGACCCACCUCCCAACUGCAGUGCUGGGCCGAAGGGAGACAAUCUAUACGAGUGGGUGUCGACCAUCCUGGGACCUCCAGGGUCCGUCUACGAGGGUGGUGUCUUCUUUCUCGAUAUUCAUUUUUCCACAGAAUAUCCCUUCAAACCACCAAAGGUUACGUUCCGCACACGUAUAUACCACUGCAACAUUAACAGUCAGGGAGUCAUCUGCCUAGACAUUCUGAAGGACAAUUGGAGCCCUGCUCUCACCAUCUCCAAAGUGUUACUUUCCAUCUGCUCCCUGCUCACUGACUGCAAUCCAGAUGAUCCGUUAGUUGGCAGCAUUGCCACUCAGUACGUGAAUCAACGGGAGGAGCAUGACAGGAUAGCACGUCUAUGGACAAAGCGCUAUGCCACAUGAUGGUGCCGCCACCGCUAGCCCCGCUGUAUAUAUAUGUACAUAUUAUCAUGCUGGUGGAUCGCAGACUGCUUCUGACAUUAAAUGGUCAGGAAAACGCAUUUAUUAUGAGUAGUCCCCCCCCCCCACGAUGCCAUCACUCCUAUGCGUGUUCCACAUUUGUUAAAUGCAUAUGUAAGUGAAGUUUGACUGGCCAUUGGAGUCGCGCUAUGUGUCUCAUUGGUGUUUGGUUAACGAUACGCACUGCUGGUUGUGAAGUUUGCUGCCCUUACAAGUGACUGUUGCCCUCGGUGGCAUCGCAAGUUAAAUGACUUUGUACCCACAAGGGAAAAACUUGUGCGUGCUAUGUCAGUGUCAACUGAGUACGCUUAGCUCAUUUUUCCCACAUGCAACUGGAUUAGUCUGUGCCAUGCCAGACUUCUCAAGAGCACAGCCAUUAUUAUAGAUGUUAAUUGCAUGCAUUUCUUAUUUAUUCUUUACACCAGGUGCCUUGCAGUGUAGAUAGUACCAUCCAUGCCAUUAUAACCAUGGUAACAACAAUAACAGCUGUCUCAUUAUGGUAGCCAACUUCUCCAAUAAACACUGACUGCUAAUCAAGAUGGUAGGCUACUAGGCUACUCUAUGUUCCAUUGUCACUUACUACCAAGUAGCUAUAAAAUUGUCUGAUUUAAAGUCUUAUCACCUGCCUAUGUUUCCAGUAGUCUCAUCUGUUAUAAGUAUUAAAAUCUCAUCUGAAAGGACUGGGUACAACUCAUGGUAAAGUGCAGGUUUCAGUGGCCACGGCACAGUAACGAGUUAACCUAGUCGCAAUCGUCUGCAUUACCGUAACCGUGGUGAUAUCAAGCUUCACUUGUGUGGCAUGCAUAAAUAAAUGCUUUGACUGCAGAUAAGCAGUAGACUGUUGCACUAGCACUACGUAAAAUUCGUAGUGUUUCUCGGGUCAGUACUGUGUCCUGGUCUUGGUCUCUCUAGACAAACUGUUGUUUGUAUCAUGACGAAAGCACUCAUUACAUGCUUGUGGCAUGAAGGAAUGACUGGCAUUUUUUCUAAGCUCGAAUUGUGGGAUUUAUGAAUUUUGAACUGUUGUACCAGAACAAUAAUGGAAAUUGCAAGAGUGGUGGGUAUGUUUAUUCUUUGAUCCCCUGAAAAUGUCCUUUAGUGAAGCAGUGCUUAGGGUGGCAACUCCCAUAAAUACGCAAUUAUUUUGAAUCUCUGUGUCCUUUGGAAAUUUUGUAUACUUUAACAGAUCGACUUUUAUAUUAAAAAAUUCAUACCAAUUUAUUUGUGGCUGGCAAUCUGUUUAUAAUUUUAACGAUCGUAUUUACUGCCCAACAAAAAUUAUGUAACUGGUAUGGCAUACAUGUGAAAUUAAGUUAUAAUUUGGCGACUGAUGUCUGAUUAUUCAAUUCCCUGCUCUAGCUGCGCUUUCUGUGGAACCUACUUACUCUUGCUUCUGCGUUAACAGUAUCCUUGGUAAUGCAAAGUAUCUGCUAAAAUUUGUUAUAUUGUUUUCAACAGCUAAGUAGUGCUUGUGAUCACUUACUUAUUCACAGAAUGUGAACUGUUUAUGCACGUUCCGCAGUUGUCAACUAGUAGACUGCAAAAAACUGCCAACUGACAGUAAGUGGGAUAUUAUAGUUAUAUAUUUAAAAGCACAUUGUAGCACAGUUGCUUGAUAUGUUGUGUGUCACAAAGGAUUUUGGAUGCGUAAUUUUGGUACAGAGCUAUGUACAUUAUGGUAACGUACGUCUGCCUUGGUAUAACCGACUGGCAAUAUUCUGUUGACCUGUUAGCCUAAUAGGCUCCAGUGCAUCUAUUGUGGCUAGUCUUUUUGGUUCUUUAUGGGAAACAAAGAGUUACUCGAAAGUGAGUACUCUGUUGGGUUGGGAAAAUGGUAAUCAGUAAGUGUUGUUGCAUUGUUUGUAAGAGCAACGGUGAAAGUCUGGUCAGAUGUGUGUAUGUGUGUAAUAAUAAUGAAAAUAAUACAGCCUGUUCAUAGUCUGUAUGACAGUCUCUCUGUAAAUGGAAACAAUCAGAAAAUGUUAAUAAAAGUAACAUACGAUACAGACUAA